AUGCUAACAACUAUUCAUUUGUAAAUCAACAAUUAAUCAUUACAAUUUAUAUUGAAUAAAGGAGAUAAUUUAUGGAAGAAGGUUCAAGAAUUUUGUAGUGAGAAUAAUUUACAAAAACAUUAAGAUUAAAUUUUUAAUCUAAUUUACAAUGAGUUCGCUAAAGUUGAAAAAUAUGAAGCAUAUUGUUUAACAUCACGUUAGGCUAAAACUCCUCCAGUAUAGCAACGUUAGAAAUGGGAUUAACAAAAAUAAAUUCAGAAAUAAAGUAGAAAUAUAAGUCCAUCUGCUAAAGUUCUAACACCCAAAAAAUCUCCUCAUAAAAAAUAAAAUACUUCUUAAUUUGUUCAUUUACCAAAAAAUCAGUUUGAAAAUAAACAAUUAGGACAAGAUGAAAAAGGAUAUCAAACUCCCAAUGUGAUACAUUACAAAAAAGAAAACUUUUAUUUAAUAGAAACAAAAUAAGAAUCAUACGAUUUAAAAGAUAAUGCUUUAAUAUACAGUAUUGCAAAACUUGAUAAUUUAAUAAAAUGCAUAUAUAAACAAAUUGAAAACACAUUAAUAGAAAAUAGUGUUUAUUCAAUUUGUAUUUAAUUAUAUAAGCGAUUAUUAAGCACUUAAGAACAUAGAAAGACAUUAAAACUAAAUAUGAUAAAUUUUAAUUUAUUAGAAAAUAAAGAAAUUUAUGUUUUGGAAUAAAUAGUCCAAAAAUAUUCAUUAUCCUUAGCUGUAGAAAUGAGUAAAUCUUAAUUUUUAAUUUUAAUGAUCGGCUUGAUUAUCUCAGAUGGAGAUCAUAUGGACAAGAACGGAGUUAAAGUUAAAGAAUUGAUAAACUUCAAUCCUACAUUGUCACCACAUUAUCAACUAUACUGCUGA